GCUGGCGGGGCCCGAGAGCGCCGCGGAGGAGCCGGUCGUCCCGGCCCGGAAUGAGUGGAGCCGGGGACGCCCUGGCCAGGCGGGACGCGGUGGCUUUAGUCAAGGCUUGAGCGCUCGAGCGGAGGACAGGCCGCUUCCCGCAGCAUGGAGGACGACGCCCCGGUGAUCUACGGGCUGGAGUUCCAGGCCCGUGCUCUAACACCUCAGACUGCAGAAACAGAUGCCAUUCGAUUUUUGGUUGGGACACAGUCUCUUAAAUACGACAAUCAGAUUCACAUCAUAGAUUUCGAUGAUGAAAAUAACAUUAUAAAUAAAAAUGUUCUCCUCCAUCAAGUGGGUGAGAUCUGGCAUAUCAGUGCCAGCCCCGCAGAUAAAGGUGUGCUGGCAACCUGCUACAACAAGACUUCAGACAGCCGCGUCCUGGCCUGUGCAGCCGUGUGGAGGAUGCCCAAGGAGCUGGAAUCCGGCAACCACGAGUCUCCCGACGACUCCGCCAGCACCGCGCAGACCCUGGAGCUGCUCUGUCACCUUGACAACGGGGCCCAGAGCAGCGUGGCCUGCGUCACAUGGGAGCCGAUGGGAGAUGGGAAGAGAGUCAUCUCACUGGCAGACAACCGCAUCCUGCUGUGGGACCUGCAGGAGAGCUCAAGCCAGGCUGUGCUGGCUGGCUCUGCGGCUCUGGAAGGGAAGGGGCAGCUGCGGUUCACCUCCGGGAGGUGGGGCCCGCACCACAACUGCACGCAGGUGGCCACCGCGAGUGACACCACCCUCCGAGGCUGGGACACGAGGAGCAUGAGCCAGAUAUACUGCAUAGAGAAUGCCCACGGACAGCUGGUGCGUGACCUCGACUUCAAUCCCAAUAAGCAGUACUACUUAGCCAGCUGCGGGGAUGACUGCAAGGUGAAGUUCUGGGACACACGGAAUGUCACGGAGCCCGUGAAGACCCUGGAGGAGCACUCGCACUGGUACCCCGCUCGCGUGCGCGCCGCUCUGGGGAAGAGGGGAUUAUGGUGUGGAGCGUCCGCUACAACCACUCUCAUGACCAGCUGGUCCUCACCGGCAGUAGUGACAGCAGAGUCAUCCUGUCCAACAUGGUGUCCAUCUCCUCCGAACCCUUUGGCCACCUGGUGGAUGACGACGACAUCAGUGACCCAGAGGAGCACCAGGCUGAUGAGAAGCCGAAGGAGCCCCUGCGGGACAGCGUCAUCGCCACCUAUGAGGAGCAUGAGGACAGCGUGUACGCCGUGGACUGGUCCUCAGCCGACCCGUGGCUGUUUGCCUCCCUGAGUUACGACGGGAGGCUGGUCAUCAACAGGGUUCCCAGGGCCCUGAAGUACCACAUUCUGCUCUAGCAGGCUCCCUGUUCCCUCACUGAGCCACGAGGCAGAUGCUCAAAUAUUUACAGCUUCUGGAGCUAAUUCCUUUGUCAAACAGCUCCUCUCUGAGAGAACCAUCACUGCCUCUGACAGGAGCGCCUCUAUGGCUGCAGGCUUUGCCGACUG